CAGGCCGAGACGGUGGAAAGGAAGAAAUCCCUGCGAGCGUUGAAGCAUGCGAAACUUGUCCAUGAAGGUUUGCAGGAGGACCUCGCAGCCUUGCGCCGCGACAUCGAGGAGCUCCGGAAAGCCAAGGGCUUGCCAUCCGCUGCCACCGCGCAGCAGGAGAACAGAGCUUCAGUGGCUUCACCAUCGGGUGCAACACAGGGGAGGAUCCCGGCGGAUGCGGCUCAAGUUCCCUCGGACAACGAGGGGCCUGUGAGGACCGCUUCAGGUCGCUUUGCCCAACUGGUUCGAAGCCAUUCCGGGAAGAUUUUGGAGGGUGUGCAGAAGUCCAGCUCCGCAGGCUUCGCCAUGAUCGGAAGUACCAAGGCCUUGGACAAGCAGAGGAGGGAGCUGACGAAUCAGGUGAAGACCUUGAAACAGGAGGUGCAGAAGAAAAAGAAGUUGCUGAUGGCGAUGGUGCCAAAGGAUAACCUGCAAGACUUGAUCAACGCGGGCGUCUUCCCAGGUGAACAAAAGACUCCCAAAGCCCAGGAUAACUCUGUGGACAAACAGGUUUCAUCUUUGAAGAAUAAACUGGAGACACUGAAGAAGUCGGUGGCUUUCUGGCAGACGCGCUUGGAGAACCAUGUGCAGAAGUUCAAUGCCAUGAUCGAAGGGCCGUCACUGCCACUC